GCUACGAAUCAAGAACCAGCGAUGCGCAAGUUCAGAUACUUGUGUUUGUGUUUGUUAAUCCUUUGGAUCGCCUUGUACAAGAAUGAAGAAAACUUGGUUGAUGCUUGUAUGAUCCCUUAUGCAAAUCAAACACUUUCAGAAGAUUUAAUAAUCAAAGAGAACACACUCUCCAGUUUUAUUUAUCCUAUCUCAGCAAGAGCCAGCGUGACUUCUCACUUGGUUGCCUUUGUCAUAGAUGUUAAGAUAUGUGACAGUGGAUCGUCCUACAGUGCCUGCAACUGCCGAUGGCUGCAGAACAUGGACGCCGUGUGCAAAGGUCAAAGGUACAAUGCCACCUGCUGGGUGGACAACUCAGAAAUGCAUUUUUCGCUUCUCAUUAAAAGAACACACAGUGAUGUUAUGUGGGAGCUUUUACGACAGAACUACACUCCACUUGUACUAAAGCACUCUAAGCUGCAAGUAACCUACCCUCCAAUGAUCACGGGCUUGCAUGUAAAUGGACAAAAGGUCAAUGGAACACACCUUGUUGGGGAGAACCAGGAGGUCAUAUUCUCUUGUUUCUUCAUAAAUGGAAAUCCCCCGGUCACCAUUCGCAUGGUGGAUGACGGUGGACACACAUUAAGUUCAACUGGGAACCGAGAAGGUCCUCUCACUCUCUCUCGAGAUAUUCGAUGCAACGAAGUGUGGCCGACCAUCAGAUGUGAGGCACCAGGCUCGGAACUUAACAAAUCGGUGGCCAUUGUUGUCAAAUGUUUGCCUCGGUUCCUCCCAUUGUCUAGUGAAUUCUUAGACCUGAGAAGAGUUUUACACAAAGGCCUGACUCUUCUACUAAAAUCCUACACAAGGAAUAUCAGUAAAUGUCUCAUGACUACAUUGUUCCUACUCUCUCCCAGCAAGGAGGUGGCAUGCGAGGUUAGCGGAAGUGUGCCGGACCUCAACUUGACCCUUCACUUUGCUGCCAAUUCUACGAUUGGAGGGGGCAUUUGGACAUUACAUGUUUUAUCAGAGCUAGGAUUUUCCAACAUAACGAUUGGACUGGUCAACAGCACAUCCCAAUUUUAUGGUCGGUGGCCUGAAGUAAGCAAUGAUGGAAAUGGGCUAAAGACAAGUUGCAAAAAUGAGGUUGUGAUUGUUCAAAGUGCACCUACUUUCUUGCCUCUCGUUUCCUGA